AUGUCUAAUGCGCCCAGUAACAACGGAGCUGGUAACAUAUGUAAUGAUGGAUCACAUAAUGGUGACCCUUUAGGAAUUAAUAAAUUGGCCGUCGACUACGACUAUCUUAUGUAUAAAAUAAAUGAUUACGUCCAAUCCAUACAGAUACAAACACAUGCUAUUUGUCAGCAACAUGACACGGUUAUUAAGGAUGAUAUUGUAGAAGGUAUAAUUGACAAAAAUGUAGCUGAAUUUAAAGUUUUACUGGAACAAUGUAACGAACUGGAGAACUACUUUGAUAUGUUAGAACAAAUAGCUUUCAUUUCUGAAACAUUCAAGGAACGAUUAGAUACUAUAUUUGCUGAAUUGAAAACGGUAAAAACAAAUAAUGGGCAUGCUAAUGAUCUACAUCCAUAA